AUGUUUUCACUGGGACCCCGAGGCCUAGAAGAAGAACGCGCACUAUUUGAAGCAAUCCACCACAACGACAUUGCUACUGUUACCCAACUUCUAGACGAUGGAGUCUCCCCUGAUGGACCCAGUUUAGACUGUCAUCCACUGCAGGAGGCCAUUCAGCGCGGCAGACACGAAAUCGUCACACUGCUUAUCCAGCAUAAUGUCCAUGACCGAAGUGAUGAGAUGGGGACGAAUGCGCUCCACUUGGCGGCACUGAAGGGGGAUGCACAGAUCCUUGAAACGAUUAUCAAAUACCGCAAACAGAGAGGAUAUAGUCUUUUUGACACGGCCGCUGCGCAGAAAGGGCCGAUUCAUUUUGCAGCAAUGAGCCGCAGCCUGGAGUGUGUGCAGAUGUUACUCCGCGAAGGGGCGAGUAUCCAUGAUGUGACUACGCAUGCAGAGACGCUGUUGCAUUUUGCGGCUGGGGAAAGGAGUGUAUGGGUUAAGAAAGGGAGUCAAGAAGAUGAAACAGCCUUGUUGAAGUACUUGAUUGCCGCAGGGGCAGAUGUCAAUGCUCUUACUUCAAUGCGGGAGAGCCCACUAUGGUACGCAGUGCGAGAGGAUAACCUUCCUGCUGUUAGGGAACUGAUUACUGCCUCUGCGGAUGUCCAGCUCCGCAAUCUCUAUGGGGAAACUGUGCUGCAUGAAGCGGCAUACUAUAGUUCGCUACCUGUGGUGCAGAUGCUGGUAGAUACUGGUGUGGAUGUCCAUGCCCGGAGCAAUACAGAUGGAUCUAUCCUUCACCGCGCAGCAGAGGCUGGUCGUGUAGCUACUGUGCAGUGGAUACUAGAUCAUAGCAACUUGACUGUGAACGAACCUGGUAGCCAUGGCUGGACGCCAUUGCACUCUUCUGUUUUCGCCUGUCAGAGCACUAUGACCAAGUACCUCCUCGAGCACGGAGCUGACCCAACAAUUGGAUCAAAUCCUGGAAACCACACAGCCUUACAUUACGCCGCAUUUUCAAACCGAGGAGAAGCGGAUUCCACACUGGUCCGCUAUCUGAUCCAGUAUGGUGCUGACGUCAACGCACCGGCUGAUUCGCGCUGCUUGGCCUCCGGUGGGGAGACGGGUGAGUUGCUACACGAGUGGUUCUUUGAUCCCGAACAAGACGAGCUGGAACUCGUCUACCCGAUUCACUGUGCUGCUUGGUCAUUUGUUCCUAGUAGGGUGGAGGCUCUACUAGAAGCAGGCGCUGAUAUCCAAGCAAGAACAAGUGUAGAUGGCAGUACUCCUCUACAUCUGGCAGCCCGAAGUGGACUGAAGAUGGUUCGCUGUCUACUUUCUAAUGGCGCAGAUCCCGAGGUAACAGACGCUGCUGGCUGCAAGAUGGCGCAUCAUUUAGUGUUUGCAUUCCGGCAGACUCCUAGGGUUGCAUGGGCGUUUCUGGUGGAGAAUCAGUUAUGGGAUGCGUCCACGGUAGAGAAGGAUUUGGAAAGGGUCAAAGUAUAUGAACAGAUGGCCAAGUGCUUUAAGACGAGGAAUAUAUUCAACCGGUAA